AAAGAAAUGACGGACAUUGAUGCACUAGUGUCAUUCACCCGAAACAUAAGUCCAAUAUAUAUUGGGAGAGAAAAGCGAAUUUUGGUCUCAGGACUUUGAAGAAUCUACGAUAUUAUUUAGAUACAUAUGUACUCAGAAACUGUCGCAGCUCUCCAGCCAAUUAAAGAAGAGAUCGAUAAAGUGGGCUCUGUUGUUCAGGGCGAGACGAAAGUUGAAUUGAGAAAGUCAACAUGCAGCAACGGUGAGUGCAACUUGGGAAAUUUCUUUUGUGAUGCCAUGAUACACGCUUUUGCUGGUUUAACCCCGUUCUCAGAGCAGCCCUGGACAAAUGUUUCCAUUGCCAUUGUGAAUACAGGGGCUUUGCGUGUUCCACUUUACAGAGGCAACCUCACUUAUGCUCAUAUAGUGACAAUGUCGCCGUUUGAGAACAAACUCGCCGCAUUUAAUCUUCCUGGUCAUAAACUAUUAGAAGCUUUGGAAUACAGUGUUAGCCCGAUUGACUUGGAAAAUGGAGUCACUAGCUCCUAUAUAUUUGUUCAAGUUGCAGGGCUAAAAAUAACCUAUAACUUUGCCAACACAGCAGGUGAACGAGUAGUCGAUAUAAAAGUACGCUGUGCCGAAUGUGAAAUUCCUGUCUACGAGGAUUUCGAUCCAACGAAAAUUUAUCGUAUCGUAGCGCCGGAUUUCCUGGCAGAGGGAGGAGACGGGUUUACAAUGCUAAGAGAUCAUGGUUCCGACUGGCAAAAGGAGAUGUCUGACUUGGAUGCAUUGAUGUCAUAUACAAAUGAAAUAACCCCUAUUUAUACCGGAAACGAAAAACGUAUAACGGUGUUACGAUCGUAGAAAAAAAAAUAAAAAAUUCUGAUCAUGAGCAGACAUAUUAAGAAGAAAACCGUCGCAUUAAAGAAAAUACCUGAGUUAUGAAUUUAUUCAUCACAUAAAAAAGCCUAGUGUACGCGGAUUUAUGCAUGUUUAUUAACUAUUAUGUAUAAUAAUCAAACUCUGCUAAUCUUUAA